AGCAGCGGGACCGCGCACGCUGUCAAGCGCAGGAAGUGGCGCGCUCCCAUCUGUCACCAUGAACGCUGGCGGGUGCGGGAUACCCCGGACACAACGGAGCGGCGUCUGUGACACUUCGGAAGAGCGCAGCUGAAAAGGGACGCGAUGCAUGUGCGGCGUUAGCGCGAGCGGGGCGGUCAGGAGCGGACGCCGCUGCCGCAGGGGCGGCCCGUGGGGACUCGUGCGCGGUGGGAAAGCGAAAAAGGCGGGAUGCCCGGCCCCGGGUGCCUGACACUGACAGCCAGCGCCUCGUCACGGCUCCGAGCCGCCGCUGUGUGUGUCUGUCUGUCUGUGUGUGUGUACGUGCGUGCGUAGCUCCCUCCGUGUCCGUAUGCCGCCUCCACUCCGCCUUCGGCAGCUGGGAACUUCCUAAGUGGUCACCGACUAAUUUGAGGAACAAUGAGCGCUUGUAAGGGCGAGGCGUCACGGCUCAGCCCUCCGCAGAGCCCCGAACACAGCAGCAGCAGGUGUCCGGCGGCUGCGGCAGACAGCGGCUCCGACUGGGAGCCGUCGGGCGCCGGCGACGUGUUCGUGUGCUGCUCCGAAGAACCCGCCGGGCACGGGGCCGUGAUGAUGAACUCCGGGCAGCCGGGGCUCCUCCGAGGCCGCCGGCGAGCGCCGCAGGACGGCGUGCUGCUGGGCCCGGCGGAGGAGGAGGCUUUCCGCGGAUGCUUGGCCUUGGGCCGCGCCUCCGAGUCCGACUCCGGCUCCUCCGCGUUCCUGGAGCUCGAGGACCUGGAGUGCUGCGCCGAGAACGACGGAGACGACGUGGCCCGCUUCGUGAUGGAGGCUCGGAAGAGGAACCGCUCGAGCGGCUCCAGGCACCGGUACGAGGUGGUGACGGAACUGGGGCCCGAGGAGGUGCGCUGGUUCUACAAGGAGGAUAAGAAGACGUGGAAGCCGUUCGUGGGCCACGACUCGCUCAAGAUCGAGCUGAUGUUCCGCAAAGUGUGCGCAGCGAGCCCGCGGGGGUCGGGGCCGACCGCCGCCGCCGCCGGGGAGCCCGAGAGAGGAGGGGAGACCGCGGGAGCGGAGCGCGCGGACGGAGCCGGCGGGGACGCGGACGCUGAGUCUGACUCGGAGGCGGUGUGUGUGCGCGGAGGACUCUACGAGGUGGACGUGAAGGAGCGCGAGUGUUACCCGGUGUACUGGAACCAGCAGGAUCGGAUCCCGGUAAUGAGAGGGCAGUGGUUCAUUGAUGGCACGUGGCUUCCCCUGGAGGAGGACGAGAGCGACCUCAUCGAGACGGAGCACUUGGCCUGUUUCCGGGGGCAACAGAUGCAGGACACUUUUGACACUGAUGUGGUGGCCAAGACCGUUGACAGCAAAGAUGCAAUUCAUAGUUUGAAGUUAACCAGGACCCAUGUCGACUGGCACAGCGUUGAUGAAGUUUACCUGUACAGCGAUGCAACUACCUCGAAAAUUGCAAGAACUGUCACACAAAAACUGGGUUUCUCUAAAGCCUCCAGCAGCGGGACUCGUCUCCAUCGCGGUUACGUAGAGGAAGCGUCUCCUGAAGACAAACUGCCACAGGCCACACACAUAGUCUUCGUCGUUCAUGGCAUUGGGCAGAAGAUGGACCAAGGACGCAUCAUUAAGAACACUGGCAUGAUGAGAGAUGCUGCACGAAAAAUGGAAGAGAAGCAUUUUUCAGACCAUGUUGCAGAGCAUGUGGAGUUCCUGCCUGUAGAGUGGAGGUCUAAGUUGUCACUAGAUGGAGACACAGUGGAUUCCAUCACUCCAGACAAGGUGCGUGGGUUGAGAGACAUGCUCAACAGUAGUGCCAUGGAUAUCAUGUAUUACACCAGCCCUCUGUACAGAGACGAGAUCACCAGAGGCCUGACGCAGGAGCUGAAUCGGCUGUACUCGCUCUUCUGUUCCCGGAACCCUGAAUUUGAAGAGAAAGGGGGCAAGGUGUCCAUCGUGUCCCACUCCCUUGGCUGUGUCAUUACUUUCGACAUCAUGACAGGCUGGGAUCCAGUGCGCUUCUGCCAGCAGGAGCAGGCUGAUCUGGAGGAGGUGGACCUACAGUGGCUGAGCUAUGAAGAGCAGCACCUCAUGGAGCAGCUUCAUCUUUCUCGAAAACGGUUGAGAGACUUGGAGGAUCAGAUUCAGAGUCUGGAAGCCUCCAGAAAUUUAGUAUCUCCAGCCCUAAAAUUUAAGGUUGAGAACUUUUUCUGCAUGGGUUCGCCGCUUGCUGUGUUCCUGGCUUUGCGAGGGAUCCGACCAGGGAACACAGGAUAUCAGGACCACAUCUUGCCUAAAUCCAUCUGCCAGCGACUUUUUAACAUUUUCCACCCCACUGAUCCUGUGGCGUACAGACUAGAGCCGCUUAUUCUGAAACACUACAGCAACAUUGCACCUGUCCAAAUACACUGGUGCAACACUGUCAACCCAACGCCUUACGAUGAGAUCCGGCCUACCUUUAUUAAUCCGGUGAAGGAGACUGCAUCUGACACCGAGAGCAUCCCUAGUCCAAGUACUUCCCCCGUUCUGGCCCGGAGGCACUACGGAGAGUCCAUCACCAACCUGGGAAAGGCCAGCAUUCUUGGUGCGGCCAGCAUAGGGAAAGGCAUUGGAGGGAUUCUAUUUUCUCGCUUCUCCCGCUCCAGCAGCCAGACGUCAGCAGCUGAGGGUGGAACCACAGAGGGUGAAGAGAAGAGGCUUAUUGAAAGCCAGUCAUCGUGCGCGCUCUCCACCAUGUCUCAGUCCACCUCAACCAUCAUUGAUACUACAUUGGAGCUGGAGCAUCGCAUUGACUUUGAGCUACGCGAGGGCCUGGUGGAGAGUCGAUAUUGGUCGGCGGUGACUUCACACACUGCUUACUGGUCAUCUCUUGAUGUGGCGCUUUUCCUACUGACCUUCAUGUAUAAGCAGGAGAAUUUAACUGAAUGCACAGAAGACAAUCCUGACCCUGUGUAACAUCAAUACAUUUCACUGGGCACUCAUGCCCACUGGACUGCUUUAGUUUAUACGUUUUCAGUGUACCUUCUCGCACGUGCUUCGAAAACGCACCGUUUCUCACGUGCACAGAUUCCGUUGUUUGUUACAUACAGACCUAUUGACUCAUUUUCUGUCGUUGCAUUUACACACAAAAUUGUUUGGCAUGUCUUGCACAUUCCCUUCUCAUAGAUGUCGUAAAAGCAGGAAGCCCCACUGUUUAAAACAGACUCUCGAAGUGAGGCAGCUUGUGUGCAGCCCUGCUUAUUAGCUGAUCUUGGGCCAAUUGUAAUGUAGCUCCGCAGGGUCAGUACUCAUUUUUGACCAGUUUGAGGACCUGAAGUGUUUUGCCCCUUAUUUCUGCCCUCUCCAACAGUUGAGGUGUCACCCUUGUUAAAGAUGCUUUUCCUCUGCAGCCCCUCUUACAGAUAACUGCCUUGUCUCCGUUGCAUCUCGUGUGUCAAACUGGCUGAAAUUACAGCCUUUCCAACAGGUCCUAAUGUGUUUUCACCACUACAUGUCUUUAAUUCAAUAUCUUUCAUUUCUCUUGAUAAGGCUUCACUUCUGAGAAAAGGCUAAUGGCAUGGAACAAGGGCUCUUCUGUAGUCUUGCAUCCCAAAAGCUUUUCCGAGCAAAUAUUCAAUGCAAAAAAAAAUUACUUUAAGGGACUGCUUCAUUGUUUAUUUAAAUUGUAAUGUAUUCCCUUGCACAAAUGUGGAGGGGA